AUGCCGACUCCGGGAGACAGCGGGGAUUUCGGGCAUCCGAGGAACACCAGGAACGGGAGCUGGGACCUGCUCGCAGGGGUGCGGAAGGGGUACGAGCAGUUUGACUCCAGGAACGCGAGCCAGUCGCACCUCGCUUUUGCGGAUGGGGAUCUACCGAAGAACACGGUGCGUCGCGGCUACUUCAUCCUAUUCCCCUGCGAGCGCGAGCUCUAG